ACGCCGCGGGAGAGCGCUGUGUACCGGGUGUCGCUCCGCGGCGCAGCACCGAAACGCCGCUUCUCAAAACCGGUAAAAAAUCCGCCACCAUCCGCGCCUUAAACAUGGACCUGCAGCCCCGCGGCUCGGCCUGCGGACUCCCGGCGAGCGCCUAGUCCCUCCCGGCCCACGAUUUACCCGCGCCCCGCCGCCAAUCCCCACUUUAUCCAUAUCUGAUGGAGGAUUUAACCGCGGAGUGAGUGACCGCAGCCGGACAGCAGCUCUCCCCGCCUCCUCGCCGCUCUCCCCGGGACACGGACACCAGGAGACCCCGGGGCCUGGCUCUGACUGUAGCCGUACUGUAAUAAAACAGUAACAAAGAGUAAAUUCUGUACUAAACCCCGGAGUUUCAGCGCGCAGCACGCCGGUAAAGUAUAAAUCGAGGGAACACUACAGAAUCAGCCGACCCAGAGUCUGCCAAGAGCCAGAGAUUUACACAACCGAUUCAGAGUUUGGCAGGCAGGUCCGAGGCCCCCUCAUGCAGAACCACAGGAAAUGAAUAAACCGCCGCAGCCUAUAGCCGGACCCCCCUCUGUCCCCCACCCCGCCCCGUCCCCUGGACUCACACAGGCUGCCUACCCCCCUGGCCAGCCGCCGUCGGUCGUCUUUGCACCCCCACAAAUGAACUCUGCACCGCAGCCCAGACAGUUUGCUCCAGGCCCGCGUGCUUUACAUCAACAGGGUGGAUUCAGGUCACUGCAGCAGUAUUUUCACAAUCGGCCCAACCUGACCAACAGUGCCCCCCGGGUGCCCCCCAGCAGCACACCCCGGGCGGUGCCGCCGACCCAUGUUUACCCUCCUGGCUCCCAGAUGAUGAUGAUCUCGCAGCAGCAGCUGCAGUUCGCCAACUCUCAGGGCCCAGCAUACUUCAUCCAAUCUGGACAGUACCGUGCUCCAUACGUUCCCCAGGCGCAGCAGUAUUCCGUGCCCAGCGCAGCGACAAGCUUCUACUCCGGAACAAACCCCGAUUAUAGUUCUGCAUAUGCUGGAGCUUAUUACCCCGCCCAGCCGCAGUUCCAGACUCAAGUAGCCACACCUCCCGUUAUUAUGAACCCCACCCAACCACAGCAGGCCCCGCCUCCUCAGCAAGCCCCGCCCCAGCAGCAUAAAAGGGAGCGCAAACAGAUAAGAAUACGAGACCCUAAUCAGGGAGGCCGUGACAUCACAGAGGAGAUCAUGUCAGGUGGAAGAUCUGCUUCUACGCCCACGCCACCUCAGUCUGUCGGCCCAGAGAUGGGAGGUCCAGUACAAACUAACGGAGAAACCGGACCACCGUCAGCUGCUGUCGUGAUACGGCCUGACGAGCGCGUAAAGUCCGUGACUCCAUCAGCCCAGACUCCUCCUCCUCCGUCUAAGACGCCAGAGCCGGCUACCGUCGCCGCCGCCGCUCCCCUCGCCGACGAGCCCAAAGCUGCUCCAGACCUCCAGCCGGCUCCGCCCGCGAGCGCCGCGGCGGUUCCCCCGGUUCCUGCGGUUCCUGCACUUCAGAGCGUCGGUUCUGACGCUGGAUCUCCUUCUCCUCCUCCACCGGCCCCGGCGGACAGUCCUGCUCCUCCUGAGCCCAAACAGAGCGACAUCGUCGACGCCCCCGUUCCUCCUGAAGCCCCGCCUCCGAAGGUCCAGGAGGAGGAGCCUGAGGAGCCGCCGGCUGAGGCUGUAGCCGUGGUGGAGCAGCAGAGUGCAGAGCAAACGGAAAAGAAGGCGGAGACUCCUGAGAAACCUGAAGAGAAGAAAAAGGAGGAGGAGCCACUAUCAGUCAAAACAGCACAGCCUGUUCAUGACUCCGCCCCUGCUCCGCCUACUGCUGACUCUCCUGCCACGCCAGCUGAGGAGGCUGCUGCUCCAGCAACCAAUGGCAGCGAAGAAGCUCCUGUUGAGGCCACGCCCACUUCCGCACCUCUUAAGACGGAACAGUUGGAGGCAGAGUCCUGCGCAGUGCAGGCCGAGCCGGUCCCCGUGCCCAACGGUCUCCCUCAGGACCCCGAGGAGCUGCCCGAGGAGAAGCCUGAGGCCGCUGCAGAACCCGUGGCUGAACCGGAGGCUGAAGCAGAGGCGGCCCCGGUGCAGGAGAGCGCCCCCGCUGCCCCGGAGGUGCAGGAGGAGGUGCAGCUGAAGGCAGAGGAGGUGCAGCUGAAGGCAGAGGAGGUUCCAGUUGAGGAGACGACUAUGCAAACUGUUCUGUCUGUGCCAAAGAGGAAAAAGAAGUUAAAGGAUCUGAAUAAUAAAGACGUGGGAGAUGUCCUAGAUGCCUUUAAAGAGCCUGAGAAGAAGGAACCUGAGCCUGAAUCCGUGGUGGCGCCGGUCCAGCCCGCAGAGCCCCCGGCACCGGCGCCGGCUCCUGAGGAGUCGGAGGAGACGUGGGAGGAGAAGGAGGAUAAGCUGGAUUCGGAGAACAUAGAGCCUGAUGCCACCAAAGCUGUGGAGCAGAAGUAUCAGUACAAAGAAGAGCAUUGGAAGCCCAUCGAUCCGGAGGAGAAGAAGCGGUACGACCGGGAGUUCCUGCUGCGCUUCCAGUUCAUCAGCGCCAGCAUGAACAAACCCGAGGGCCUGCCGCACAUCUCCGACGUCGUGCUGGACAAGGUCAGGACUGCGUCAGCUACUGCGAAUAAAACCCCCUUGAGACCCAUAGACCCCAGCCGGUUGAUGAACUGCGGACCAGACUUCACGCCUUCAUUCGCUAACCUGGGCCGACAGCCUUCUGGAGGAGGACGAGGACCACCCCCCGGUCCACGCCGCUCUCAGCAGGGUCCUCGUAAAGAACCCCGUAAGAUCAUCGCCACAGUCUCGCUGAACGAUGACAUCCAGCUGAACAAGGCAGAGAAGGCGUGGAAGCCGACGGUGAAGAAGAGCCGAGGUGGUGGGCGCGGUGCCGGGGCCGGUGCUGGCGCUGGAGCCGGUGGCGGUAGCGGUAGCGGUGCUGCCGCGGAGGAGGAGGACGACCCAGAGGUGCUGAAGACCAAUGAGCUCUUCCGGCGCGUUCGCAGUGUCCUGAACAAGCUGACCCCGCAGAUGUUCCAGCAGCUGAUGAAGCAGGUGACGGAGCUGACCAUCGACACGGAGGAGAGACUGAAGGGAGUGAUCGACCUGAUCUUCGAGAAAGCCAUCUCAGAACCCAACUUCUCUGUAGCUUACGCCAACAUGUGCCGCUGCCUUAUGGGGCUGAAAGUCCCCACCUCAGAUAAACCGGGAGUCACUGUGAAUUUCCGCAAACUGCUGCUGAACCGCUGCCAGAAGGAGUUUGAGAAGGACAAGGACGACGAUGAGAUCUUCGAGCAGAAGCAGAAGGAGCUGGAUGCUGCCAAGGAGGGCGAGGAGCGUCAGCGGCUGAAGGACGAGCUGGAGGAGGCGAAGGAUACAGCCCGGCGCAGAUCGCUAGGAAACAUCAAAUUCAUCGGUGAACUCUUCAAACUGAAGAUGCUGACGGAGCCCAUCAUGCACGACUGCAUCGUCAAGCUGCUGAAGAACCACGACGAGGAGAGUCUGGAGUGUCUCUGCAGGCUGCUGUCCACCAUCGGCAAGGACCUCGACUUCGAGAAGGCCAAGCCUCGUAUGGAUCAGUAUUUCAACCAGAUGGAGAAAAUCAUAAAGGAAAGAAAAACCUCCUCCAGGAUUCGCUUCAUGCUCCAGGACGUUCUGGACCUCAGACGGAACUCCUGGGUUCCGAGGAGAGGCGAUCAGGGUCCAAAAACCAUCGAUCAGAUCCACAAGGAGGCGGAGCUUGAGGAGCACAGAGAGCAGAUCAAGGUCCAGCAGCAGCUGCUGUCCAAGAAGGACUCGACUCAGGGCCGCGGCGGGGUCCGAGGGCCACACUCGUCCGGCGGCGGUGGCGGCGGCGGUGGUGGCGGCGGCAGGAGCCAGCCACAGGACGAGGGCUGGAACACCGUUCCCAUCACCACCAAGAGCAGACCCAUCGACACCAGCCGCCUCAGCAAGAUCACCAAGCCUGGUGCACUGGACUUUAAUAACCAGCUACUUGCCCCCGGAGGAAAGGGAACAUGGGGCAGCUGGGGUAAAGGCAGCUCUGGAGGUUCUGGAGCCAAACCCAGUGCAGAACAAGACUCAGGUCGUCCUGCCACGAGCACCCUGAACCGGUUCUCCGCCCUGCAGCAGGCGGCACCUUCCUCCACCCCUUCCUCUUCCUCCAUGGACUCAGACCGCAGAGCUCUUAACAGCAGAAGCAGUUCCAGUAGGGACCGCAGUGACCGGGACAGAGGAGACCGGGGCGAUCGGGACCGAGGGGAUCGGUUUGACCGGUUCGAGCGGAGAGACAGCCGGGAGGACCGGAACCGCCCCGCCAUCACCAAGCGCAGCUUCAGCCGAGAGAACCAGGAGCGCUCCAGCGGAGCCGACAACCGCGCCGCCUCCGACGCCGUCCGCCGCGUGGCCAGCAUGACCGACGACCGGGGCAGCCGGGAGAGAGCCAGGAGCAAAGAAACCGUGAAACGUGAAGCAGCGCCGACGCCGCCUCCCGCUCCAUCCAAACCGGCUCUGAGUGAGGAGGAGGUGGAGAAGAAAGCCACGGCCAUCAUCGAGGAGUACCUCCACAUCAACGACCUGAAGGAGGCGGUGCAGUGCGUGCGGGAGCUGAACAGCACCGCUAAUCUCUUCGUGUUCGUUCGGGUGGGGGUGGAGUCGACUCUGGAGCGCAGCACCAUCGCCCGAGAGCACAUGGGCCUGCUGCUGCGCCAGCUGAUAAGCGCCAGCAUCCUGCCCAAAGACCUGUACUAUAAAGGGCUUCAGGAGAUCCUGGAGGUUGCUGAUGAUAUGGCUAUCGACAUUCCUCAUAUCUGGCUGUACCUUGCUGAGAUCAUCACUCCCAUGCUGCAUGAGGGAGGAAUCCCUAUGGCAGAGCUCUUCAGGGAGGUGGCGAAGCCUCUGCUGUCGAUUGGGAAAGCUGCUACUCUACUGGUUCAGAUCCUCAACCUGCUCUGUAAAGGACUGAGCCAUAAAAAGGCUGGAGCUCUGUGGAACGAAGCCGGUCUCAACUGGAAGGACUUCCUGCCGGAGGACGAGGACGUUAACAAGUUUGUGACGGAACAGAAGAUGGAGUUUACUCUGGGAGACGAGUCUGAGAAGUCCAGUAAGAAGCAGCUCAGCGCCGAGGAGCUGAACAAGAACCUGGACCGCCUGAUCCAGGACAAGGCCAACAACCAGAGGAUCCACGACUGGGUGGAGGCGAAUCUUGAUGAGCAGCAGGUUGCCUCCAAUCAGUUUGUGAGGACCUUAAUGACCACAGUGUGCCAGUCCGCCAUAUGUGAGAGCCCGUAUAAGGUGGAUGUGGAGAAGAUUAAUCAGAGGGCGAAGCUGCUGCAGAAGUAUCUGUCAGAUGAGCAGAAGGAGCUUCAGGCUCUCUACGCUCUCCAGGCUCUGAUGGUUCAGCUGGAGCAGCCGGCCAAUCUGUUGCGGAUGCUGUUCGACGCUCUGUACGACGAGGACGUCAUCAAAGAGGAAGCUUUCUACAAGUGGGAGUCCAGCAAAGACCCCGCCGAGCAGAUGGGGAAGGGCGUGGCCCUCAAAUCCGUCACCGGCUUCUUCAAUUGGCUCCGGGAGGCGGAGGAGGAGUCGGACAACAACAGCUAAUCCCAGACCACGCCUCCUUUUUUCCUAUUGUUUUAUUUGUCUUCGUUUUGAGGGAAAAUCAGAAAAUCAAGGGAAGAAAAGGGGGGCGUAAAAAGAGGGCGGAGCUUUUCCGACUGCAACUACGAUUACGACUACGACAAACUUGAACUCUUCGUGAAUCUUCUCUAUUGAGAGGCUCUCCAUCGGAAACAUUGAAACAAACUACAAUCAUAACUUCUACAACUUUUUUAUUUUAUUUUUUGUUUUUUGUUGCUCUAUACUCCUUUUUGGUGGAGAGCGCCCACUUCGCGAAGAAGAAGUAAUAAAAAAUGAUGCUGAUAAAAAUGACGAUAAAGAUAAAAAUAAAAAAAUGCGUAAAGUUCUGGGGGAGUUGGAAUGAUGCUGAUGGUUUGCUUAUAUCAAAAACGCGUUAGCGGCCACGCGCCGUCACUUACAAUAAAACGAUAAAAUGCUGAAAAGAUGAUUUUAUGUAGUUUGUUGGGGGGAAAUAAACUAGCAAACUACCUGAAAAAUUAAUAAACAAGCAAACAAAAAUGGCACCAACCUGCGCUGUGCAUUAACCUGUCAGUGUAGAUUUUAUAUAUGCAACAUGCUAUAUAUAACAUGUAUAACAUGCAUCUGGUGCAUUAUAGUAGCCAUUAGCAUAAGAGGGCGGUGUCAUUCGUUCAUUCACUCUUUCAUACAUACAUGCAUAUAAAAUAAAUAUAUAUAUAUAUCGUGUUCCGGAGGCACCAGAUCUGUGCCGUUUCGGGUUUCUAACGUCAGAUCAAACGCAGAGCGCUUAAGUAGGGAUCUUUUUUGGUGUGUUUGCGAAAGAGGUUGGUGUUAUUUUUAACUUUAACUGAGAGAAGCGAGAGGCCGGCGAGUGUAGUACGAGUAUUUACAGACUUCUUUUCUCUUAACGACGGAUGGAUUUCGAGGUUUUUCCCCCCGUUUUCGCCUCCUGUUCGCUCCAUUAGCGGGCUGGCGGUGAGCAGGACGGCGGGGGAUGGACUUUGUUCUUUUGGCGUCUCGUUGCUGCUGGACGAGGGUCAACAUGCUUCCUGUAAGCCAUCCCUGUCCUGCUGCCUUCAUCCUUUCUUCCUCUUCCUCCUCCCCGAACUUCUGCGUUUUACCUCUUCAGUCGACAGACUGUCGCGGCCUCGCGCCUCGGAAAAAAAGCCUGCAGUGGAUUUUUAAGAGAAAUCGUAAUUAAAACAUGAAGAGUAGAAAUAAAAAUAAAAAUAAAAAUGAAUAAAAAUAAUCAACUUGAUGAUGAUGAUGAUGACAGUAAUGAUCCUUAAAGCCUUUUCUACUUGCAGAGUGGAAACACAUUUCAGGAGCGUUCUGUACAUAUAUAUUAAAGUUCUUUUUUUUUGUGGGUUUUUUUUUUUUUUUUUUCCAUUUUAUUUUUUCAGAAACUUAAAAAGAAAAAUAUCUGACGUUAAUAAUAAUGCCAUGUAUUUUUUUUUUCUUUCCAACAACAAAAAAAUAUAUAUAUGGCAGUUUCCCUGUAUUUAAGAGCUUUCUUCCAGACGGUGAGAGGUGCUUAAUAAACCAUUGAUUAGUUUUAUUGAGAAAAAAAAUGUAAAUAUUUUUUGUUUUUUGGUUUUUCUUUAUUAUUUAAGGAUGAAAUGCUUCUUUCACAUCAGAAACUGGAAACGCUGGAGAAAAAGAACAUUUGAAAAUAAUAAAAGACUAUCAAGUUGCUAA